AUGCCCUCAGUUGCUCUGGACUACUGCACCGUGGUGGCCGCGAUGGGCAACGACAGCCUGGACUACUACCGUCACCAGAACAUCCGGUUUGCAGCCGCACCCACCGGAGACCUCCGCUUCGCAAAGCCGGAGUGGCCGCCGGUUGAGACGGAGACCAACCACGGGCACAUCGUGGAGGAGUCGAUUGACUGUGCCAGCAGCGAGAACUGCCUGUUCCUGGACAUCGUCGCCGACACCUCUCCCCAAUCUGGUAGUUACAUCUGGUCAUGUGAAUACGGCUAG